AUGGCGGAGAAUAAGGAUUUGGAUGCAUUGGUGACAGUGCUGAAUAGUGUGAUUUUGACCAGAGCCACGAAAGGAGGGGCAAGAAUUGUUGAUAUCAAAAAAGAUUAUAAGGAUUUGUGUGGAAGUGACAUAGAUACGCGCAAAUUUGGGUUUGAUGGGUUGGAAACACUUCUCAAGGCAUUUCGCCACAAGUUUAAUUGCCAGGGAGACAGGUGGUUUGGUGAAACCACCAAAGCAGCUGAAAGCAUUGUCCAAUCGAUGGCGACGGAAAAACUCAAGAAAGGAAGACCGCUUCGUAGACCAGCACAUGCAAUUGGACCGCGACCUGGAUUUCGUCCCACGCCCAAUCGACCGUAC